AACAGAGUAUACUUAAACAUCAUUGAUUAUAAUGACAGGCUAAUGCAGUGCUCAUUGCAUUGAUGUUGAAGAUGUUUCUUCAUAUCAUCAUCACUGCUCAUACAAGUUCUUAACUUUCCCUUUAACCCCUUUCCAAUUGGGCAGAUUUUCCAAAAGCAAAGGAAUCCAAUCUCUCUCUCCCAACACCAAAUCAUCAUUUCACUCACAAAACCCUCUAUUCUUCAACGUCUGCAAGCCCAAAAAACACUAACCUCAGUAACAUCAUCAAUGUUCUUAUAUCCUUGGAACUCCAAUGACAACCUCCGAUUAACUCUCUCACAUUCAACGGUGUGAGAGAGGGCACAGCCUCAACCAUCUAUGGAGAUUCAACAAUCGCUGAAGCUCACCAUCCACAAGAAAUGGCCAUCGUCACCAAAGAAAACAUCAAAAGAUUCAGAACCGAUAAACACCACUGCAACUCCCAGGCUCAAAUGGAAGAAAAUCUUCUUUCACACUAAAACCAAACCCAAAAUCCAAACCCCCCCAGAUGAGUUCCUCUGCCCCGUUUCCCGUUCCCUCAUGUUCGACCCCGUCAUCGUCUCCUCCGGCCACUCCUUCGAACGCUCCUCCGUCGAAGCCUGUAAAAAUCUCAACUUUACACCACAACUCCCCGACGGCACUACCCCCGAUUUCUCCACCCUCAUCCCCAACCUCGCCCUUAAAUCCGCCAUCCUCAAGUGGUGCCACACCACCCACACACCCCCUCCUCUCCCCCACAACAACCUCGUGCAGCAAACCUCAAUCUCCCCUGACACGAAACUAGUACAACACACCUCGAUUUCCCCAGACACCCCCAACUCAAACCUCGUACAAACCUCGAUCUCCCCGAACGUCGGUACCGUAGAAGAAAAGCUCUCCGACAGAGAUCCGAUCCUGGAUUCCCUGGACGAAAACCCACCCUCGAACAACCUCCGCCGCCACGCGGAAACCGAGGUGCCCAUAAGACCGACGCAUCUGUACACGAGCUCCGAGGAAUCCAUAGCCACAUCGUCGGCCUCAACGCCGCCGUUUCAACUCGCCACGCGCCCCAGUUGUUGCUACUAUUCUUCCCCUUCCUCGUCAGAAAUCGAACCCGCCGCAACCCCAGAAGAAGAAGAAAUCACGGGGAAGCUCAAAAGCCCACUACAGAACAUAGUCGAGGAAGCGCUUCUCUCUCUGAGAAAACUCACCCGAGUGAGAGAAGAAACCCGGGUUCAACUCUGCACUCCGCGGAUACUCUCUGCGUUACGCUCCCUCGUGCUGUCGAAACACGUGAACGUCCAGGUGAACGCUUUGGCUUCAUUGGUGAACCUUUCUCUGGAGAAGAGUAACAAAGUGAAGAUCGUGCGGUCGGGGAUGGUGCCACCGUUGAUCGAGGUUCUGAAAUUUGGAUCCCCUGAGGCGCAGGAACACUGUGCUGGCGCGUUGUUCAGUUUAUCUCUCGAAGACGAUAACAAAACCGCCAUUGGUGUUCUGGGUGGUUUGGGUCCGCUGCUUCAGAUGCUCCGAGUCGAGAGCGAGCGGACUCGGCACGACUCGGCCUUGGCGCUUUACCAUUUGUCUUUGGUUCAGAGUAACCGGUCCAAGAUGGUUAAACUCGGUUCGGUUCCGGUUCUUUUAAGUAUGGUUAAAUUGGGUCACAUGACGGGCCGGGUUUUAUUGAUUUUGGGAAACUUGGGUUCCGGGUCGGACGGACGGGCCGCGAUGUUGGAUGCGGGUGUUGUGGAGUGUUUGGUCGGGUUGUUGAAUGUACCCGACUCGGCUGCCGGGUCGACUCGGGAGAGUUGUGUAACGGUAAUGUACGCCUUGAGUCACGGGGGUUUGAGAUUUAAGGCGGUUGCAAAGGCGGCGGGGCUGGUGGAGGUGUUGCAGAAGGUGGAGAAAGUGGGGAGUGAGAGGGCUAGGCAUAAGGUGAGAAAGAUUUUGGAGAUGAUGAGGGCCAAGGAGGUGGAGGAGGAAGAUGUGGACUGGGAAGAGUUGCUUGACUCGGGGCUGGGUUGUCGGACUCGGGGCCGACUCGGGGGCGGGUUGGACGAGUCGAGUGCUAACUCGGCCGAGUUUUGAGUACAGUGGAAUAUUUUGUCUUUUUUUUUAAUUUUAAUUUUCUGUAAUUAUUGGUCUUUUUAAGACUAGGUUGUUUUGGAUUAUUGUUUUUAAAAACAAUCCAUGGUUUUAUGAUUUUUGAA